UUGUCCUCGUCGGCCACCGUAUGAUGUCGUGGCGUUUGCUGAUGUGUUCAAACUUGCCAGUUACCACCAGAUUAUCGUUAGCUGUAAUUUCUAUCUUAUUUUGUCUGAAUUUUGUUUUCUUACACGUUACAUAGCUAACCCCUAACGUUAACCAUCAGUUGUUCAAGAUGAGGCGCGCCGGUUUAGGUGAAGGAGGCACUGGGAAUUAUGUCGCAAGUGGAUACAGUGUGUAUGAAGAGGAAAAUGAACAUCUACAGGAGGGACUGAGAUCUAAAGUCAGCGCUUUGAAAAGUCUUUCUAUCGACAUUGGAACGGAAGUCAAAUACCAGAAUAAAGUACUGGAGGAGAUGGACUCAGACUUUGACUCAACAGGGGGCCUGCUUGGUGCCACCAUAGGCAGAGUCAAGCAGCUGUCCAGAGGCAGUCAGACCAAACUGCUGUGCUACAUGCUGCUCUUCUGCCUGUUUGUCUUCUUUGUCCUGUACUGGUUCAUCAAGCUGAGGUGAUAAGAGGACCCUGUUGGACUUGGCCUCUUGAUUCCACAUCUUUAUCCCCAGUCUGCGCCAUGCUCACACAUCAAAACUAAACCAACAUAAUGCUGAUGAGGAAAGGCAGGGGUUUUUGGCUCAGCUUUAUACGUGCCCAUGUCUGAGUAUUUAACAGAAUGACCUCCACUUUUAGUCAUGAAAGUACUCCUACUGAUUCCAUUUCAUGGAUGAUUGAUGACCAUGUGAAGUAGGAAUCAUGUAUGUAUAUCUGAAGUAGACACUGUCAGUAUAUACAUGUACUUGAUAGCAGCCCAAUAUACCUGGAUGGAAAGAUGAGACAUAACAUGUAAGAACUGUAGAAGAUACUGUGUCAAAAACUUUAAUGCACUCGCAGGCACAUUGUAUGAUAAAGUGAAAUGGCAAAUGUGUCGAUAGUCCCAGUUGUGUUGAGUGAUUAAGUUAUAGAAUUAUCAAGUGUACGGGCAAGAAUGGCUAUAUUACAGCAAUUGCAUCCAUACAGAAUUAAGUGUUAAUUGUUCAUCUUCAUUGUAAAAAAUAUUUUUAUUGUAAAUAAACAAAUGUUAUGUCUAAA